AUGGAUACUAUCCGCACCAUACUCGCGCAGGCAGGAAACACCACCAAAGCUGCAGAUGGGAUUGUCGUCUGCGUCUCUCCUUUCUCAUCCAGCUUCAGCUUACUCCCUCGCCUCCAUGUCUACUUCUGCUUCACCGUUGCCACUGCCUUCUGGCCCUUCUACAACACCCGCCCCGUUAAGGCUGCCUAUGUCUUCUCUAUCUUCUACGCAGUACUUUCCGCCGUACACUCCGCUGCGAACUUUGCGUUACUGGCACGAGGAAGCACCAGAGACCAUUUCCUCGGGCCCGAUCUUUUCCACCACUACAGAACCAUAGCACUAGGGAUCUUUUUCUGCACAAGGCUUGUUUACUCGCCGCGCGGUCGUCCCCUCACCAACGACCAAUUCAAAUUGAUCCACUCCUUGCUCAUUGUUCUCGCUGUAGCUGGUGUUGCAGGCAACAUUGCCAUCCGCCAUGUGGCUCGCAACAUCACCAGCAAUGAGUCGAUAUGCCAGGCCGCGCACGCCGUUCUCCUCCCCCAAAAGAUAGUCUUGGGAGACCACAGCAAGUACGACGGACUUUUCUCCAGUCUCGAGGAGACGCCUUAUAUCUCCAUUCAUCCAUGGGCAAACGCCCGAAUCUCGCAACCCACCAGCAAGGUCACGCCAAACACCUUUUUCCAAGCCCUAAAACUAGCCGGCCGUGCGAUCCUGCUCUACAACGAUUCCGGCUUUAUCAUCGUCACCACAGCGGUCCUAUUAUCCGUCCAAGCAGAAAUAAUCUAUUACAAUCUCCAGUUCCCAGCGAGCCUAACCAGCGGUAUCCUACCACACUGGUCCAUCUGGGUCCUCACGCUGCUGUAUCUCACCACCGAGGCCGGAAUCUGGAUACAUGGACUCCCCGAAAGACUUCGUCAAGAACGCACUGCCCGCCAUAAAAAAGAAGCUGCAGAAGCGGAAAUUCAGCGCAUCCUGAAGCCGCUGAAAGAUGGCGAGAUUCAUAUCUAUCUGCAGCCUCGUGAAGAUAUACAACCGCCGUAUGGUGGUGAAAUCACGUAUGAAGAGGCUGCCCUUUAUUGUCGAGCACUUCCUGAGUUUAUUCCGGUGUUUGAGGAUCUAAUUCGACUUCUAAAGGCGAAUAAAGAAAUGAAAACGCGGCUGGCGAGGUAA